AUGGCAGACCAACACGACGUCGAUCUCGACUCGAUAAUCGAUCGCCUCUUGGAGGUGCGGGGCAGCCGCCCAGGCAAGCAGGUCCAGCUACUGGAGGCCGAGAUUCGUUUCCUUUGCACCAAGGCUCGCGAGAUCUUCAUCUCCCAGCCCAUUCUCCUUGAGCUCGAGGCUCCUAUUAAGAUCUGCGGCGAUAUCCACGGCCAAUAUUAUGACCUGCUCCGUCUCUUCGAGUACGGCGGCUUCCCGCCCGAGGCCAACUACCUCUUCCUCGGCGACUACGUAGAUCGUGGCAAGCAAUCGCUCGAGACUAUCUGUCUCCUGCUGGCUUACAAGAUCAAGUACCCCGAGAACUUCUUCAUUCUUCGCGGUAACCACGAGUGCGCGUCCAUCAACCGCAUCUACGGCUUCUACGACGAGUGCAAGCGCCGCUACAACAUCAAGUUGUGGAAGACUUUUACCGACUGCUUCAACUGCCUGCCCAUUGCCGCCAUCAUUGACGAGAAGAUCUUCACGAUGCACGGCGGCUUGAGCCCCGACCUCAAUUCCAUGGAGCAGAUCCGCCGUGUCAUGCGCCCGACUGACAUCCCCGACUGCGGCUUGCUUUGCGAUCUCCUCUGGUCCGACCCCGACAAGGACAUCACUGGCUGGUCUGAGAACGACCGCGGUGUUUCCUUUACAUUCGGGCCUGAUGUCGUCUCCCGCUUCUUGCAAAAACACGACAUGGAUCUCAUCUGCCGUGCUCACCAGGUCGUCGAGGAUGGCUACGAGUUCUUCUCCAAGCGCCAGCUCGUCACGCUGUUUAGUGCCCCCAACUACUGCGGCGAGUUCGACAAUGCCGGUGCCAUGAUGAGUGUGGACGAGAGCCUGCUCUGCUCCUUCCAGAUUCUCAAACCCGCAGAGAAGAAACAAAAGUAUGUCCCCAGCUUUGGUGGUAGCCUUGGCGGCCGGUCCAACACUCCCCGGAAGCAAUCCAAGUAA